AUUUGUCCUCACACAGACAAUCUAUUGUGUUCAAUUGUUAGGUAAAGAUUKGUGUAUUCACACUCCCAAGUGCACUAUACAAACAACCAUGAACAGGCGAAGACCGCUAGCUGGGCAUUUACUUUUGACACGUUUUGUCAUAUCUGUGAUGCCAUGCAUCUGUUCUUGGGUUCAAUCAGAGUCAAUAGAUAGGUAUCAAAAUACAUUGGAUACUGUUAAGCUAGUACUGAUAUUACAUGAAUAACUCCCGCUCUUGUGGUAGGAAGUAUGUUGCCAUUGGUGGACAAAAAUCACUUCAGCAGCCACACGCAAUUCUAAUGGCCACAGUUGUCUAUCGUCGAGUAUCAUUGUGAAGGUAAACCGCCUGUGCUGAAGACCAAUCGUAUACCUCAGUGGGACCAAUACGUCUUGCUUCAAGUAAACUUACAACCAUACCGGUUUUCAUGGUGAACACAAAUUGUGCCAAAGCUUCCGUACCAGCUGCACUUCUAUCUGAAGCUACGGUGGAACUGUCCUAAGCUAUUGGAAAUCCAGGACUUGAGGUGAGUUUCAAWGUCCAUUGCCGAUAAUUGUUAAUGUGAAGAACCCAUUUCAAGUACAGGGUUGCAUACUGUGUCUCAACUUUUCCAUAACUCACAAACAUGUAAUAGGAAUGAAUAAAUUAAAUGGAACUAAAAUAUAUAGGUAUAAUCUGUACCUAAAAUAUGUAGGACCAACGCCGGCUCUUAGAAUUAAGGGACAUUUGAGAAAAAUGGUGUGACUGAGGCCACACCCCACUCACAUGCACACAUAAUCAAAACUGUUUUAAGUGUAGCACAAUMAAGCUACAUUUCCUGUUUUAAGGAGUCAAAUUGAAGUAACCAUCCAUGCCUAUUUUCUUGGUGAACACARAUGUAGCCAAGACUGCUGUCCCAGYGGCACUUCUUCCAGAAGCAACAGAAGAACUGGCCAAAGCCAUGGGGGAAAAUGGCAGAGUUAACUUUGAAACAUAUAGAGAAAUGACAUUAUAAUACAACAUUGCAGGGUUAUACUCACAAUUAUCAUAUUAAAUUACUAAUAUGUCAUUUUAUGGUUAUAUUGUUUUGUCUUCUGCAGUUCUUUGUUGUUCCCAUCGUGCUAGAUCAGCUGAUGACAUUCGGGCGAAAGACCGCCCCCUGUGCAUACUGCUCCCUCCACAGUAUUGGAGCUAUACGUGAGGAACAGAACCUGCAGUACUCCACACUACUCUGUGGACUGCUCAACAAACACCUUGGGAUUUCCCCCCUGUACAGAACCAACACACCCACUCUACAGAAGUCAGCCUCUCGCUCGCUCGCUCUCUCACACACACACACACACAAGCUGAUCCAUCUCUCUGUUUCAGGAUCUACAUUAACUUCUUUGAAAUGGUGGUACAAAACCUGGCCUGGUUAUCAUGCCAAGAAAUGAAAGAAGAACUGAAGACGUCUGGUCAAUGAAUGACAUAGCAAAACUGCACACCUUUGCUUUAAUGUUACAAUAAAUAGUAGAACUUCUAUCUGAAGCUACAGAAUAACUGUCCAAGGCUGUGGAAGUACCAGSUAAGGUGUACUCCAUGGGUACUGGUGUAAUCUGGAAGCUACGUGCCAGUUUCCCAGCUUGUUGAACUCACUGGGAGACAAGGCAACUGUGACGUUUGGAAGAGAAGUGGGGGUUAUUUUCCAGUGUUGAGCUGAUGCUGUUGCAGCUAUGUCAGAAGCCAUCCUCACCUUCCAGUACCAACUCAGUGGUGUUAUGGAAACAGUCCUCAAAACCGCCAUGCAUGAGAUCACUCGGCUGGUGAAGGAAGGCUUCCUGGAGGAAGUGACACGGAGCAAGCAGGAAGCGGACGUUUUGAGGAUGAAGCUGCAGCAGUGGGAGCAGAAAUGGAGGGACAGAGAGGAGGAGAGGAAGAGGAGGGAAGUUGAAGAGAAAGAGCAGAGAAAGAAGAGGGAAGCGAGAGAGCAGAUGGGGAUGUGUGUGAGCUGCAGUUGUGCUGGAGACACUGAGAAAGGAGAGGCUCUGUCAGGAGCAGAGGAAGGUUGUGUUAUCAAACAGGAGGAGAUGUUCCAGUCAGAGGGACCCAACACUCUCCCAGAGAGAGAGGGUCCACAGGAAACGGACAUGUCCAGCUCUUCCUGUGUCUCUGAAAGGAUGGAAGAGAGGGAAGCCCAUGUGGUCCACAUCAAACAGGAGCCCGAUGACUGGGGGGAUCUAGUAUCCCAGAUGGUUACAUCCACAGAUACUACCAUAAUGAGCCUGAGUCAUCUGCAGAGAUUGAGCUCCCAUUCUGGGGCAUGGACCAGUGAGCCUCAACCUCCACUUCCAGCACCAUGGGCCAGAGAGCCUCUACCUCCAGCACCAUGGGCCAGGGAGCCACCACCGCUACCUCCAGAACCAACACCAUGGACCAGGGAGAAGCAGCACCUACUCCCAGGGUCAGGUAUACCCACYCAGGCAACAGAGUGUGCUGUGGGAGCCCUGGAGUCCAAUCCCUAUGGUCUCAGCAACAACACAACGGCACAGCUGGGGGUCAAACCCUACAGGUGCCCACACUGUGAAAAGAGCUUCCCUCAGCUCCGAAACCUGAAAGACCACCAGAAGUACCACCACACAGGGAAAAAGGCCUUCACCUGCUCCCAGUGCGGUAAGGGCUUUGUGUACAUGUGCCACCUCAGGGUACACAUGCAGUGCCACACAGGGGAGAGGCCGUUCAGCUGCUCUCAGUGUGGUAAGAGCUUUGUCUACCUGUGCAACCUGAAGUCCCACCAGCAGUAUCACACAGGAGAGAAACCGUACAGCUGCUCUCAAUGUGGGAAGAGCUUCAGCCUUCAGAGUGGCUUGAAGAAACACAGGGUCAUUCACUCAGCAGAGAGGCCUUACCACUGCACGAACUGUGGGAAUAGAUUCUAUUCUAGAGCAGACCUGAAAAGACAUGAACAGAUUCAUGCAGCAAGGUAGAACUUUGAGAUGAAGCUGGUUGAUUUAGAAAAUCUGAGUGGAAAAAUAACAGCACACGUGUACUAUGUKCAAUGUAUUUGUAGUUGCUGAUGCAUUUCAUGUUGAGAGGAAUAAAACCCUUAAUGAAGAAA